UCAAAUAGCAGUGCCUGAAGACUUUCUUUAGAUUGACUUGUGAUUCUCAUGUCUAGUCAAAGAUCUGGUGAAUUCAGAAGUUCGGGUGUAUUCUGAUUGUAGCUAUCAAAUAGACGUCAGUUUGGCUAAACAUUCGAGCAGAUUAGUAUUAAAUGUAUUUAGUAUUUAAUGCUCUUGUGUUAAUUAACUUUUGGAUAUGAAUCUAUAUGUAACGCCUUGCCAGACCUCACCCAGGACAUAGGGAAAUGUUCACAGCGGAGACUCAGACUAAGCUUUAGAAAUGACAAUCUUUACAAUGGCAUGGAACGACUCGGCAAGGGCAUCUACUUCAGUCUGAUUCGUGAUGAGUCAGAAGAUAACAACCCAUUUUUUAAAGUAACAAUUUUCCUAGUCUACACACCGAGAAUAAAAUGGCCGACACUUGUGCAAUGUCAACAAGGAAACAAUAUCUACCCCAUCAAGAUUUAUCUAGAUCUUACCCGAACGAUACUGAAUUAGAUAACUUCGGAUUGCAAGAGCCACCCAUAACUCUAGUUGAACUCAGUGAGACGAAUGGCGACAACUUAAGUAGUACACCAAGGUUGGAGCAAGUGGGCCGCUUCAAGGAAAACAAUAAAGGUAUUGAAAUAAAUAGAAAGAGACAAACAACGCCAGGUGUCGCUACAGUCACUUGCAGGUGCCAUUGGGAAGAAGCAGAAGUGAAUGUAAUUGACGAACCUAUGAUGCGACGGAAUAUUGCAUCUAUCAACUCGGCCUUGGGAGACAGAAAGAAAGGAAGACAAAAUGUAAUAACCUGCCUAAAUGUACGAACUGCUUCCAAAUUUGACAGAACAAUCAAACUGACCAAGUCUGACUCGGAUCGCCCCAUUCAACUACUGCUGACACAAGGCUGGAAGAAAAACACAAAGAAUUUUCUUGCACGACUUGGUCGUCAGCACCAAAUGACAGAAGCUAAAGAUGAAAGUCAAUCCAAUAUCUUCGACUUGAGUUUAUUGCGUGGGAAAUAUUUGGUUGCCGCUGCCGAGAGGUUAAAUGUUAGAGGUUCUCAUUUUGGUUGCAUCAACAGAAAAAUUGACUUGAAGACUAAAUUUGGCAUUCUAAAUCCAAACAUCCAAGUGGAAGUAGAAUUGCCACAUACGCCUCUCGGCCACGAGAACGAGAAAUCUCGUGUAUUUCAGGACUAUUUAGAUAAGACCGAUUCCGAGUCAGAUUUCGAGGGGGACACGAGUUCAUCUCACCAAGAGCUGGGUCGACCCAAUUCAGUUGAGUCUGUCAUGUCCUACCUAACGUCAGGCACGGACCAUCAGGGCAGCCCAGAAGACAAUGUUGCCAACGGGAAAGACGCAAACGGAAAUAUGCUGAGCCGCCACUUUAUGUGCUGGCCUACGGACGAAGAUCUGGAAGGAACGAAAAGACAGGCGAAAUCUUUCAGUGGUCUAACUUUACGUCAGAAACGGAGAGCGCAGAGUCUGGCCCAGGAGAGAAGCAAGGCAGGGACAGAACUAAAUUAUAACAAGAAGGGGUGGAUGAGAGAAAGUCAAGGGGAUCAAAGGCGCACACCCCAGACUGAUAAAAGAUGGGUUUUGGAAGGAUACUCCCAUGAGCACAAUGAAAAAUCCGAGAAUAAACACUAUAAAGAAAUAACUGCUCACAUGGAUGUUAUAGUGCCUCCACCCAGUCACAGGGCCAGGAAGGCGCCAGUUAGUAAGUCAAGCUCGCGUUGUGCCAGUCACUGCUCCAGUGACCACCGCGAUCUGCAAAAGCUGCAAAUGAUGCGUCUUCGCAAAGAGCUACCGCCUCCGCAACCCAGGAGACUGUGCUUCAGGACCAGCCUUCCCGGAUGUAGCCACUGUGAGGUCAAGCAAGCGAUAGAGAGUCAGUCUGGGGCCACAGUGGUUUGGAUGCAGUAUGACCCAGUGCAGCUAAACCCACGGCGUGGAGAAUUUUCGUGUUUAUGGAUUUUUCAACUUGCUUCCGACGCUGCUAUUGAGCCCCUACUAUUUGAAGGCUUCUCCCUCCAUGACACACCAAUGAACGUCCGUCGCCUAGACGACGUGUACAAAGAGGAGCACACCGCCUACUUGCUGUGCUCCGAGGUUUUCAUGGAACAAAAGAAAAGGAAGCUGCUCCGGAAAUCCAGUGAUCUGUUUUCGACAAUAAAAGGCCGAUGUCGUGAUUACAAUGAUUAAACUUGUGAGAAAACCAAA